GGAUUUAGUGAAAUUCAUAAAGCUAUCUGGUCAGAUGGGCCUAUUUUUAGUUGGAAUUUUGACAAACAACAAUGGAAUAGACAAGCAUGUUAUGAGGUUAUUCUCAAAACACUUAAUAAUUCAUCAAGUUUAAAUAGUGAAUUUCUGGAUGAGUGGAAAUAUCAUUAUAAUUGUCAGAAAAAGUCAUUUUCGAAAUUUAUUCAAUUUUUUGGAAUUACCCAAGAUCCAAAUAAUUUAAAUUAUAUAAUAGUAAUAAGUUAUGCAAAAAAAGGAAGUUUGAGAAAAUGUUUAUCUGAUAUAAUUAAAUUCAAUUGGCAAGAAAAGUUACAAUUAUUGAAAAAAAUAAUAUUAGGACUUAAAGUAAUCCAUGAAUCAAAUUUAACUCAUGGUGAUUUUCAUGAUGGUAACAUUUUAAUAUCAGAUAAUUAUAAUGAGUCAUUUAUUAUUGAUUUAGGAUUAUGCAAACCUAUAAGUGAUUUACAAGAUUCUGGUAAUAAA